AAAGCAAAAGCCACAAAGUAGCCUUUAAAGUCAGGGGCUGGUGCACUUGCUAAUAUUCUAUUUGUUCCUCUUCUCAAAUAAUUCUCUACUUUUCUCUUGUUUCAUCCUAUGAGAAUGAACUUCAUUAAAUCUGCCAUGAAACCUUGUUCACAUUUCUCCACGGCCAUCAUAAUUCUUCUUUCUCUCUUCUUUAUUCCAAGCAGCAAAGCUCUGCAAGGAAGAACAGAAGAUAAAGUUUCAGAUUCACAAGACUCUGAUAGAGUGUUAGAACUCCCUGGCCAGCCUCAAAAUUUAUUAAUUUCUCAGUACUCUGGUCAUAUUACAGUCAACAUUGAAAGAGGAAGAGCUCUCUUCUACUGGUUCUUUGAAGCAGAAACACAGCCAUCAAAGAAGCCCCUCCUCCUCUGGCUCAAUGGAGGACCUGGGUGUUCAUCUAUUGGCUAUGGAGCAGUAGUGGAGCUGGGUCCUUUGAGAAUCAAGAGACAUGGAGCAGGGCUUGAGUUCAAUAAAUAUGCUUGGAAUAAAGAAGCAAAUUUGUUAUUUUUGGAAUCUCCAGUUGGGGUUGGAUUCUCCUACAGCAAUUCAUCUUCUGACUUCAGUAGACUGGAAGAUGGAUUUGUUGCUGAAGAUGCUUACAACUUCUUAGUAAACUGGAUGAGAAGAUUUCCACAGUAUCAGUCCCAUGAUUUUUACAUAGCUGGAGAGAGUUAUGCAGGACAUUAUGUACCUCAACUUGCCGAGGUUAUCUAUGAACACAACAAGGAUCCAAAGAGCUUUCCUCAUAUUAACCUCAAAGGCUUCAUGGUUGGGAACCCUGAGACUGACAAUUAUUAUGACUCCAAAGGAUUGUUGGAGUAUGCAUGGAGUCACAGUGUGAUAUCAGACCAAGCAUAUGCUACUGUUAACAAGGCUUGCAACUGGUCUGAUAUCAAUGAGAUUGACAUCUACAAUAUCUAUGCACCAAUGUGCAUAGCUGUUGAAAACUCAUCAUUAAAUGAUGAUUAUAAACUAAAUUUUCAAGAUAAGAUGAAUUUUAGGAAGAGGAUAAGGAUUCCAUCAGGAUAUGAUCCAUGUUUCUCAAACUAUGUGGAGAAGUACUUUAACAGGGCUGAUGUGAAGAGAUCACUGCAUGUUACAAGGAAAGCUAAUUUAAAAUGGAAGGUUUGCAAUGAUUCCAUUCUGAAUAUCUAUAACUUCACUGUCUUCUCUGUUCUUCCUAUCUACUCCAAACUUAUCAAGGCUGGAUUAAGAAUAUGGAUAUACAGUGGAGACACAGAUGGCAGAGUUCCAGUUAUUGGCUCCAGGUACUGUGUUGAGUCUCUAGGCUUGCCUCUCCUUUCCAACUGGCAGAUAUGGUACCAUAACAAACAGGUUGGUGGAAGAUUUGUGGAGUACCAAGGUCUGACAAUGGUGACAAUUAGGGGAGCAGGCCAUCUUGUGCCACUGAACAAGCCUAAGGAGGCUCUGAUGCUUCUCAAGUCUUUCCUUCUUGGCCAAAGCUUGCCAAUUCAAAGGUGAUAAUGAUUACUGUGAUGCCAUCAAGCCAAGCUCAUGCUCAUAC